AUUAAAAUUGCCAUUCACUAGAAAGAAUGGUGUUGAAUUGAAAUGUAUUUCAAUUUUCCGAUAUUUUCCGGGCAUAGAAACACUGCUGGAAAAUGUUGUUCCGCUCAGCGAAAAGCAAAUUCGACGCCGGCGACGUGAUGCGUCGAAUGAAGCGGCUAGCGGAGGGUACGAUGUCCUCGUACCGUCGGCUGUUCCUUCUGCUCCUCUGCGUCUGUGUGGUCUUCUAUAUGAUUCCGCCGAUCUUUCGCUAUAUCUUCCUUAGUGCCCCCGAACAGAAAGAUCCCCAUAGUAUGUGCAUGGACGAUAGGCUGACUCCCUUUAUCCUGCAAAACUUUGAGUUCGAUGCCAAUAUUCGUCACGUGUCACCAGCAAAAAUGCCCGGCGAACGCGAUUUCACGCCCUACGUGGGAAAUGGCUAUCUGGGCCUGGAGAUAGCUCACGAUGCUUUCCUGAACAUCAAAAAUGGCAGGGCCAUGCAACUGCCCAUUCGAUUCCAACCGGUGGUUUCCGUAUCUGGAGGACCUGGUGGUGAAAAGGAGGCCACUGUCGUGGAAUAUUUAACAGGAAUGGUCCACCGAUUCCAGUGCUUCGCCGGCUACUUUGUUUCCUAUACCUACUACGCCCAUCGCACUCAGCCCAAUAUCUUCAUGCAGGAGAUGCAGAUCACGAAUACCAGGAAUCUCUUGGAGGACAUAGAGCUGAUCAUGCCACGCGUCAAUUUGCAAAAGCUCACCAAGCGCACAGUGGCUCUCAGUGAACCCGUAUCAGUGGGAGUGUUCACAUACACCGAACUGGAGGUACUCACAGGCACGGUUCAGCCCCAGCCAGAAACACCCAGUAAAUCCAUUGUUAUAAGUAUAGUAAAACCGCAGAUGGAUUCCAAACUGCAGCUUAGAAAGCGAGGCACAGUUCGUAUUGUGUAUCCAAUAGCAGUGCAAUAUUCGAAACCAAUGCCGGAUGCCCAAGUCAAUGGUAUUAGCGAAGUCACUGAACAGCAAGCUACUCAGGCGAUGGCUAAGCUACUCCAGAAACUUGGCUCAAAAGCCUCCAAUCCGGGCUCUCUGAACAGCAUAAAUACUUACCGCCAAGAACAUAUCGAUGUUUGGACGGAUUUGUGGGCAACUGGCUUUACGAUAAGCACCUCCAAGGCGGAAAACAGCUUGAAUGGCGAUCGUAUCAAUGCCACAAUGUAUGCUGUUCUCUCCCAGGUGCGCAGCUUUGAGUUCGAGGAAGGGUCCUCAAAAAAAGAAGAUAUAGCGAAGGCACUAACCUACGCCGAAGGUUGCUACGAUUCUUAUCACACUUUGCAAGCAGAGAAUCUGUGGCGGGAAAUGUCUAAUCUACAGCAACUUAAUUCCUUGGUAACAUCAUGGAUGUUAACAUUGGAAAAGCAGGGCUGUCACAAUCUCAUCCGAGCUGGAGCCUCAGGCGUAAUUCAAGGAAUGGUCCUGAGCUUUGGCAGCUUUCGUUUUAGCAAUCAGCACCUCGAGUGCAACAUCCAUCCAAAGUUUCUGCACAGAGACUUCCAUUUCAGGCGCCUAAAUUAUGGCAAUAAAACCCAUGUCAAUGUCACUAUCAUUGUAAAGGAUGACAAUAAGGCGGUGAUCAAUGUGGCUCUUGAUCGUUCAGAUAGGAGUUACUAUGCCUGUGAUGGCGGCUGUCUAGAUGAGCCUGUCCUUCUCACACAAAAUCGACGACAAUUUCCAGUCAAACUGACAGAACCUUUAACAGCAAUAUUAUACAUAACCGAAGACAAACAGCACAUGGAAGAGCUGCACCAUGCCAUCCACGUUAAGGAAGUGGUUGAAGCUCCCGCCCAUGAGCAACAUCUGAUAGCCCUGCAUCGGCAUGGCCACCAACUGGGGGGAUUGCCCACACUUUUUUGGGUUUCCGUGUGUGCAAUUAUCAUAGUAUUCCACAUAUUCCUGUGCAAGCUCAUUAUCAAGGAGUACUGUGAGCCGAGCGAUAAGUUAAGAUAUCGUUAUAACAAACCGUGAUUCUAGUUGUAUAUAAAAAUUGGAUGCUAGUAAAAUAUGAUUAUCUAAAUGAAAA